CAGUCCGGUUGUGCUAGGAAAAUUAUGGUUACUGCUCGUUUUGUCAGUUAGCACUGAGAUCGAGUUUUCGGUUUUAUGCGAGUGAGGUAAGUAGAUUAUGGUAACGCCUUUCGAUUUUAAAAGCAUGUUUUGAUUUGCUUUUGAAGUAGUGGCAGGACUAAACCCGUUUUACAAGAGUAUGAUUGAUUUGAAGUGAAAUUUUUAUUCUUUUCAUUAAAUUGAGCAUGCCUACUUGAAAUUUAAUUGAUUGUCCUGAUGAUCUGAAAGUGAUUGGUGAAUUAUGAUUUUUCUGUUAACUUCAGCCUGUUUUAUCUCCGAUGUGGUCAUGUUAUUAGUGACCCUGCUAGUGGGGGAGUUUAUAAACGCUAGCACAUGUCGACAUGUAUUUCUGUAGAGCUGGUUCCUCCAGCCAGUGGGAGUUGUUAAACACUGGUAUUUCAGUGACCCUGCUAGUGGGGAUUAUACACCAGCAAAUCGUGUGCCUGCCAGUGGGAGGUUUAUAACACUGGCCGUGACCUAUAGAGGAGACGUCUAUUUUGUUCCUAUAUUGUAUCCGUUUUUCAUGAUUGCACUUGUUGGCAUGCUAUAAGUUAAUAAAGGGCACUCCAUAUUUACUUACUGAGUUUAUCUCAUAGUUUUCCUUGUCCACCAUUUUAGGAAGCGAAACCGAGGACGAGGAAACCACGGGAAGUGACGAGUUAGAAGGCUAGCCAUUUCGAGAUUGAUAUAGAUUUUAGAAAUAAAUCACGAUCUUAUAA